AUGGAGGAGUUGCAGAAGAAGAGUGGUGGUGGACCUGUCGAAAUAGAUGAAAGCAGUAGGAGAGAGUUGCUCUCUCCGGAAUCCCAGUUUUUCUCUCCCACCGCCGACUUGCUCCCUCCCGAAUCGGAGAUGCUCCCUCCGGCUUCAUGGAGACUCAACAUCAACGAGUUCCGUUUGCCAGAUCGUCGCUCCUACGAUCAAUCUUUCAGUUUGAGACGCCUCAUUCGCACACGAAAUGUUGAAGGGUUCUUUGAAGUGAGCUAUUUGGGAUGGUCUGGAGUCUGGACACUUUGUGGGAAUUUUGAGAAUGGACACAUCCCUGGAAAGAACGCCCCCUUAUACAGAAAAUGUACCUAUGCAUUUUCGUUUGUCGGAUGCCAAAAUAGGAACCUUUGA